AUUACAACCAGCUUCAUCAGGCGAUUAUCCAGAAUUGUGAAGAAGUCUUCUUAAAUACACUCUCCAUACUGUUAGCUCUUUCUGCCUUGUCCAUUUAUCUUAAUCUAUGUAUAUUUAUUCGCUCCGUCUGCCUUGUCCAUUUAUCUAAACCCAUGUAUAUUUAUGUAUUUACAUUUCAAUUAUGAUAUAUGCAUGUUUGGAUUUGGUUGGUGUUGUAAACCCACUGUGAAUCCAAAGUCACGCAAGUUCUGUAUCCAUACACAUUUAACAAAGGCCCUCUCCACCACCACCACCACCACAACGUCUCGUUCUGUUAUCUGGGAGCGGCAUGAGACGUUCUACUCAAAUUGCUCAUGUUCGGCCUUGCAGCUGUAUGACCACCGUUGGAUUUCCACUGCCUCUCAGAUUCUCCUGGAUCAUCUAGCUGGCUUCCUUAAACCCGUUUCUUAAGUAAAAUCCUGUUGGCUGCCAGUCAAGGUUUCCAGAUCCGGGGAAUGUUUGUCAAAGUUCAGAAAAUCUUCCGUCUGGACUACCUUUGAAACAUAAGCUCGAAGACGGCAAAAGGACGUGAAUGGGAAAAUAUUUCUAACACAAUCGCACCAAAUUCCUCAGUGAGAAAUACAACUGGCUGAGUACUCAUGUGCUCGUGCAGCGAAACGAUGCGGUGUAGCAGCACAACUCUGCAACGAAACAUCUCGUUCAACAAAACAGCGGCCGGCUUCAUAAUGCUCGUCGUCAUACUAUCGCUGCUUUCACUUGCAUCAGCACAGCAACCCCAAGGCCCACACAUUGCUCACUCUCUUUGCUACGGUCAGACCUGCUACUCGCUACACCUGGAAAGGGUCGCGUUCCUCGCAGCGCACAAAGCGUGCCAGGGCCGUGGAGGAAUGCUGACGACGAUGAAGACAACCGAGGAGACUUCUCUUCUGCAGGAGCUGCUCAUCAACUUCCACACGCACCGGGAGGCCCAGCUUGGCGCCGCACCCGCCCGGAAGCUGUGGAUCGGCCUCCGCCGCAACAGGCGUCAGUGCUACGCGCCCAAAAAGCCGCUGCGGGGAUUUUACUGGCUCUACCGGGACGAGGAAACGUCCUACUCCAACUGGGCCAAGGAGCCCGGCGGUCCAUGCACCGUUGAGAGGUGCGUAACCGCUGGCUACACCCAGGCCGAGAUAACCGACGGCAGCCCCAGCCUCAAGUGGGAAGACGGCAACUGCAACGCCCCGGCCAUGUUUGUGUGCAAGUACACGUACAGGGGCAUGUGCGAGCCAUUCCAUCUGCGCGCAGGCGCCUCCAUCACCUACCAGGUGGCCUUCGGAGUCACGGACCAGGACUUCGGCAUGUACCCGGAGGGCAGCACUGGGUCGGUCGUGUGCGCGGGGAGCGACAAGGUCGUUGAGGUGACGUGCGAGCUCGUGGAUCAAGAAUUUGGUUGGACCGGAGCGUUCUUGGAUCCCCCGUGCGAGCUCGAAGCCUCCGAGGAUUCUGAGGACGACGAUGCGGAGGAACUGGUCAGCCUGCCGGUUUCAUCAGAGGAGGACGCGGAGGACAAGGCAGGCUGCGACGUGGACAACGGCGGCUGCGAGCACCGGUGCGUCCAGGAGGAGGAGGAGGAGGGGGCCCAUCGCUGCGAGUGCAUCCAGGGCUACCUUCUGGACGAAGAGGACGAGCGCAGCUGCGUCGACGUCGACGAGUGCGGCGAUGGGGAGCUGCCGUGCGAGCAGCGGUGCAUCAACACGGAGGGCAGCUACCACUGCGCGUGCGAGCGUGGCUUCGAGAUGCUGGAGGGCCACACCUGCGCCGACAUCGACGAGUGCGAGGGCUUCCCGUGUGAGCAGUUCUGCGAGAACACGCCAGGCUCAUUCGCGUGCUACUGCGCCGAUGGCUUCACCCUGGACGCGAGCAACAAGCGCGACUGCGUGCACUACGACCCGUGCUCGCUCGGCGCCGAGCUGUGCGAGUACGCGUGCAGGCUAGCGCAGCGGGGCGAACCGGAGUGCUACUGCGGCCCGGGCUACUGCACUGCACGAGAACGGCGCCAACUGCACCGACGUGGACGAGUGCGAGUCGAGCCCGUGCGCCCAGGCCUGCUUCAACGUGCCCGGCACUUUCCAGUGCUCGUGCGAGGAAGGCUUCUCGCUGUUGAAAGAUGGCGUCGGUUGUGUUCCGAAGGAAGGUUUUGCCAUCUUUGCGGCGACGGCUGUAGAAGACGAGGACGAGGUGGAGUUGGCUGCGACGGAGUACGCCGACUUGAACGAGUUGUCGGAGGAUGAGAAUGAGACGACGGAGCUCGGCCUUCUUACGGAAAUGACGCGCCCGGCCGAGUACCCAGUUAGGCCUACCCACACGGCCGCGUACCCGGUUGGGCCUACCCACACGGCCGCGUACACGGUUAGGCCUACC